AGUUCAAAUGUUAGAAAUAAAUGGUGGGAUGGUUGAAAUAAUAAAUCCUAUGAAAUUGUGUAUAGUUGGAAUCGAAUUCUAUGCGUGAAAAUGUUACGAAUUGGGUAAGCUAAUAGCUCUCAUCAUCAUCUUUCAUUUUGGGAUCCCAACCUCACCAGAACUGCGACCUGACUCAGCGAUUUACACUCAGCCGCCGUUCAUCGUCAUCUUUUUGAAAGGGAAAAGAAAACAAAGCAGAAACCGAUUGCCUUGCGUCAUGGACAGUUCACCUGCUUUGUCGCCUUUUAUUGCCGACCGAAACUGUGAGAAACGACUUGAAGUACAAACAAGAGAAAAGAUAAAAAAAAAAAAAAGAAGGGACUGUGAGUAUCAAACUGAAAGCGAUUCCCUUUAUACAACACGUGCGGAUGACGACUGGUUUGUCGAUACGUGUAGGGUAAAAAGGGCAAGGUGCAUGAAGGAGAGGGACGAUGGCCCGAGAUGGGGUGGAGUGGACGGCUGCGACACUUGGUGGUGGCCUGCUGGUGGGGGCCGGCUAACUCUUACUUCAACUACUGCUCUGCUCGCUUCUGGUGGGUAUUUCGUUGGUUAGUGAUGGAUGAGUGGAGAGCCCACCUCUUUCCCAAUAUCUCUUCUUCUUCUUCUUCCCCCGAGAUGAUCAGGUGAUCAUGACGAUACACCACCCACCCAUGCCAAAUUUUGAAAAUUUAUUUGAAUUAAAUAGUUUUAACAAAAUAUUAAAUCACACUUCAUAUUUAUUUGGAAUUACACUUAAUUAAGACUAUUAUUUAUUGUUGUAUUACAAUUAAAUAUAAAUUUUCAAUAAAUAAUAUCUUGAAUUAUAGAUUGUUUAUUGUAUGACGAGUGUAUGAUAGUGUAUUUUUUUAUUCUAUAAAUAAUUUUAAAAA